AUGAAGUUACUUGCUCUAUUAGCCAUUACCACGCUUGCAGCUGCCGCGGUAACCAAUAAGGCAAUGAAGUGCCAGUAUGUUAACUUAACUUCUAACACCACUGAUAUCCACACAUGCUUACGUCUCUUAAGCUGCAUCAGCCAUGGCUGGCAAAGAAACAUCGAAGACACAUCGAUAGCAUGUCAGAAAAGGGCGGGUCGAGGUGUCCAGGGUAUUUAUGAGAAAGGGUAUUGCUACGUAGAUGCGGAUGAAGAAGCCACGUUUGUAAAUGAGUGCGCUGUUAAGGGCAAAUGUAAAAAGAACAAGAAGUUUAAGCUCGCAGAAGCUGAUGAGGAACCGUCCAGGUGCUUGCACCCCAUUAGGGAUCUGACUGGAAUGACCUACAAGGGGUGGCUAAUUAGGAAGCCGUUGGCUGUGACUUUACCUGACUCUCACUUCAAUUGUAACACCUGUACUCGUCAGUUCAAGAACCGAGAAGCCGUUGACCAGCACAUGAAAGCUCUUGGUCAUCGGAAGUCGCUGGCUGUGACUCUACCUGACUCUCAAUUCGGUUGCGACACUUGUACUAGUCACUUCAAGAGUCAGGAGGCUGCUGGUCAGCAUAUGGACGAUCUUGGUCACCGGAAACAGUUGGCUACUAUGACAUCUGAAUACAUCUUACAUCUGAGGCCUGUUGGACAGAUGACUGAUGACCCCACAGGAUAUGAACGCCUUGUCUUGCAGAUCUGUCCAAAGUACCUUACCCCAAAUGAAGCAAAUAAGAUACGUCUACAAUUCGACAGAGUAUGGAAGGAGAACAAGCAGGUUCUAUAG